AUGAAAGACAAAGAAAACAUUAAAGAGUAUUCUGACAGACUCUUAAAUGUUGUGAACAAAAUUAGAUUGAUUGGAGAACAACUUCCAGAUAGCAGAGUUGUGGAGAAAGUCUUGGUGAGUUUACCAGAAAGGUUUGAAGCCAAGAUUUCCUCUCUUGAAGAUUCAAGAGAUCUCUUUCGAAUGACCUUGCCAGAAUUGAUCAAUGCUCUAGAGGCACAAGAACAAAGACGAGCCAUAAGAACUGAAGAAGUCAUUGAAGGUGCUUUUCAAGCAAUAAACAAGGAUCAAAUUCGACAAGGUGAAAGAAAUGAUCAAGAAAAAAAUAGCAACGAUGAGAAGAAAAAUGGCAGAAAUCCUCCGUGUCCACACUGUAAGAAAACCUCACAUUUUUCAAUCUAUUGUUGGUUUAGACCUGACAUUCAAUGUAGAUUUUGUAAGCAAAUGGGACAUAUGAAGAGAGUUUGCAAAAAUAAAGGAAAAAGAGAACAUCACAUUCAGAUGGUUGACGAACAAGAUAAGGAGCAACUUUUCAUGGCCACAUGUUUUGCAAGCAAUAAUUCCAAUACUGAAACUUGGCUAAUAGACAGUGGUUGCACUCAUCACAUGGCAUAUGAUGAAUCUAUAUUUAGGAAACUUGAUAAAUCGCAAAUCUCCAAAGUCAGAAUUGGAAAUGGAGAUUAUAUUGAGGUGAAAGGCAAAGGUAGUGUUGCUAUUGAUUAUGGUUUAGGUACCAAAAUUAUUUCUAAUGUUUUGUAUGUACCUGAAAUUAAUCAAAAUCUAUUAAGCGUUGGACAAUUAUUGGAGAAGAAUUAUUCUAUCAUCUUCAAAAACAGGACUUGUGCUAUACAUGAUCCAGUUGGAAAUGAGCUUUUCUCAGUGAAAAUAAGAGGCAAAAAUUUUGCUUUGAAUUUGUCAGAAAUUGACAAUUCUAAGGAGGAGAUCACUGAUGAGGCAAUUGAAGGAGGUUACAUUGUGAAAAUUCAUGAGAAACUACCCAAGAAUGAUGGUGGUGACAAAGCUUAUAAAAGGCCAUACAAAAAUUUGAAAGGGUCAUCUAUUAUGUAUGGGAGCUCCACUUUCAAGUUGAAAAGAAGUUAUUUGAAUACAUCUGAAAAUUUGGGGGAUGAGGAGAUUCUCCAGAUUCUCCACUUUUGGGGUGAUAAAUUAGAGCUUUUCUUCUUUGCCUAUUGUAAAGCUAAUCAGAACAAGAACAAGAAAUUGCCCCCGGGUCCAAGAGGGCUCCCUCUUCUGGGACAUCUCCAUCUUUUGGGAAAGAAUGCUUACCAAGAUUUGCAUAAGCUGUCCAAGCAGCAUGGUCCAAUCAUGCAUUUACGAUUUGGGUUCGUGUCAAACAUCAUUGUUUCUUCCCCUCGUGCAGCUGAGCAAUUCCUCAAGACACAUGAUCUGGUUUUUGCCAGUAGGCCACCUCUCGAGGCAGCUAAAUAUUUGAGUUUCGGGCAAAGAAACUUGUCCUUUGCUGAAUAUGGUUCGUAUUGGCGAGAUGUCCGCAAGUUUUGCACCUUAAAUUUGCUUAGUAACCUUAAGAUAAGGUCAUUUGAAUCUAUGCGGAGAGAGGAGAUCAGACUAUUUGUGGAAACGCUCAAACGGGCUGCUCUAAAUUGUGAUGUUGUUGAUCUCAGUGCUGGGAUUUCAUCCUUAAACGCAGACAUGAGUUGCCUGAUGGUUUUUGGAAAGAAGUAUGCAGACACGGAAUUUGACGAGAGAGUCUUCAAAGUUGUAAUUCACGAGCAUGGGCAACUAGCUGCGACUCCUAAUCUUGGCGAUUACUAUCCUUGUCUUGCAAAACUUCACCUUCAAGGAUUGACCAGGAGAAUGAAAGCUACUAGCAAAAUUUUUGAUGAAUUUUUGGAGAAGAUUAUUGAUGAGCAUGAAAAAUCUGCCAAGCAAGAUAGGCCAGCAGAUGACUUUGUCCAUAUGUUGGCCCUCAUGAAAUCUGGAGAAACUGAGUUUCAAUUUGAUCGCCGCCACAUCAAAGCUAUUCUGAUGGACAUGCUUGCAGGAGCAUUGGAUACUUCAGCUACAGUUGUUGAAUGGACACUGGCAGUGCUCCAGAAAAGCCAGCGAGUACUGAAAAAGGUCCAGCAAGAAUUGGAGGAAGUCGUAGGACUUGACAGGAUGGUUGAGGAAUCAGACUUAGAAUACCUGAAUUACUUGAAUAUGGUUGUAAAGGAAGCACUGAGGCUUCAUCCCGUGGCACCAUUGCUUGUCCCUCAUGCAGCAAUGGAAGAUUGCAGUGUCGAUGGCUUUCAUAUACCAAAGAAUUCACGAGUGAUUAUCAAUGUUUGGACAAUUGGGAGAGAUCCAAAUGCAUGGUCUGACCCCGAGAAGUUUAUUCCAGAGAGAUUUAUAGGAAGCAAUAUAGAUGUCAAGGGGCAUGAUUUCCAGCUUCUUCCCUUUGGCUCAGGUAGAAGAGGCUGCCCUGGAGUGCAAUUGGUCACUUUAAUCGUUCGUCUUCUGGUGGCACAAUUGGUGCAUUGUUUCAAUUGGGAACUUCCAAAUGGAAUGCUGACUUCAGAGCUGAACAUGACUGAGGAAUUUGGACUUGUAAUGACCAGGGCCAACCAUCUGAUGGCUGUUCCAACCUAUCGAUUGAGCAAAUGA